UACAGGCACACACCAACACUCCCAGCAAUUUUUUUGUUUUAAACAAAACUCCUAACACCUCGUUAAUCAUUAAUUAGUCUUUGGGUUUUGAUUCAACUCCUAACAUUUGCAAAUCACACAAUUAUCUUUGUUCUUUCAUUUGUGGAAGACACUUCCAUUUGUUACCCUGAGAAUAUGAGACAUUCACAAUCUAAUUCCUGACUACAUUUGAUUUCAAACAGAUCGGAAUAACUUCCAGAAUAUAAAAUAUUAACUAUUUGGGAGUCACCUUGUAGGUAUCUUGUGGGUAUGCUCUAAUUAAGAAAUGCUUCCUCUUCCCAGGAAAACCGCUGACAUUGCAAGAGUUACUCCAAAGCCACAAUUCUUAAGAAAAUACAUGUUUAACCUAAAUCAUAAAGAUAUUUUGUAAAAAAGGGAAAUCGCUCCUGCUGAUGUUUUGUGUAUAAAUCUCUUUCUAAAUUCAAGCUCUCUCAAGUUAGGGCACCACAGUAAAUAAAGUGGGAACAGUAUCACAUUAGGAAAUAUCUGAAAUGAUACCUAUGGCACUAUAAGGAAACUGAGGCCCAGAAGAAUUGAAGUGACCUGUGCAAUUACACCAAUAUGUUAGCAGAGCCAAGAUUAGAACCAAGUUUGGUGCCUUCCUGCAUCAGUCCUUUCUUGGUGCUGCAGGAGCCUUUUACUUAUUAAUUUCACCCUGGAGAAUUCUGGUAGACCAUCCCGGCGUGGUAGAAGCGUGAACAUUCGUUUUCUAAGGGAUGGUCACACACCUUUGUCUAUUUGCAUUUAGUUUCUUUAAAAAGUAAAAACACCUCCAUUUUGGACCACUUUUAGAGACAAAAGCAGAACAUACGAACAUGCAUUUCAUUGUUGAGUUCUUAAGACGCUUACACCGUGUGGUUAUAACGUGCGCAACUUUGUCCCAGCCAACUGGACUUAUUUUUAGUGUUAUUUUCGGCUCCUGCUGCAGAAAACUAGGGAUUCACCUAUCCGCACCUGCAUUUCACACAACAGCGCUCGUCUACUCUCUUCCUUCACUCCUAAUAAAAAAACGCCUUAUCCAGUUUCUUCCUGCCUGCUCUACCUCAACAUUUUCACUUAUUAUCUUCCACCACACUGGCUUUUACUCGGACUGGAAACCCACUCUCCCCCAACUUCUGUCUCGUACCCCACCUUCAAGAAGCGUCCUCCUUUUUUCCGCCUCUCGUUCGCUUUUGUCUUACACGGCUUCCGGAACACGGCCCAGAAUUACAGCGAAACCACACUGCGCACGCGCACUCUCUCGUCAGCCCUGUGCUGCUUCAAUGUUUGGUUGGCUAGUUCGUCCCAAUUUCCGAGUCAAAGGGCUGCGGAGCAGCAACUCUCACGAUAUUUGCUGCGACCCGCCGACGCGAGCCGCUGCCGGGUUCUGGCGCGCCCUUUCAGUUCUGCUUGUGGCCGGCACCACUGCGUUAUCCGGAACUGCCGGUCUGAGCAGCAUGACGUCCGCCUUGGAGAACUACAUCAACCGAACUGUUGCCGUUAUUACAUCUGAUGGGAGAAUGAUUGUGGGAACACUGAAAGGUUUUGACCAGACCAUUAAUUUGAUUUUGGAUGAAAGCCAUGAGCGAGUAUUCAGCUCUUCACAGGGGGUAGAGCAAGUGGUACUAGGAUUAUACAUUGUAAGAGGUGACAAUGUUGCAGUCAUUGGAGAAAUUGAUGAAGAAACAGAUUCUGCGCUUGAUUUGGGGAAUAUUCGUGCAGAGCCUUUAAAUUCUGUAGCACACUGAGGAAAAACUACAUAUUUGGACAUCUGUAAAUCUUUGUACAGAAACUGAUUAUUCUGAGGAUGAUAUAUGGAAUUUUUAUGAAUGUGUAACUGGAUUUUGACUCCUUGUUGAUUCAUUGUAAUAUGUAAAUUAAAAUAUUUCUACAUUUUAUUGAAAAAAAACUUUUUUUUUUUUUUUUUUUACCUAAAUGUAAGUUUGGUAGCUCGGUUUGUUUUUUUUAAUUAAAUAGUGUGAAAAUAUAAUGGUCAUUUUGAAAACUUUUAGCAAAAAGUAGUAUUUAUGGAAACUAGUGGAAAAGAGAAAUUAGUGUGCUAUAUAAAUCAGGCAUUCAAAUAACAGUAGUAGUACAGGAUAUGUGUGUUUUCUUUCCCUGAUAUUUAGGAAAAUCAUAGGAGGGUAAAUCUUUCCUGGAGUUACCUGAAUCAUCGGCAUUUAUCUAAUUCCACUGGUGGUGUUUUGCUAGUGCUUCUAAAAGUUGCUCCCUAGCACUUUGAGGUGUGGGUAGGUAAAAAUGUGUUUGCUUGUGAAAAGCAAAAAUACUGACAAGGUUUUAAUAGAUUGGCCCAAAAUUCCAACUUGAAUAUUAAGAAUGACUGGCAAUGGUAGAAUUGACAAAGAUGAUUGGUAAAGUCUCUUGAUGCCCAAUUGAUUAGGUAUGAAAGUAAUAUGAACACAUUAAUGUUGAAUUUCACAGACAGUAUAUUAUCUGAAAAAAAUUGAUUCCGUGUAGUCUUCAAUUUUUAAUUUUUAAGAAUUGGAGAAUUUCUAAUAUUAAUGUUUUUAUAAAUGUGAGUAAAUAAACUCUAAGUUUGUGUUGAAGUAGUGCUAGCUGCUGUUGUCAGCAAUUUUACAUGAUUCAUUACCAUAAACCUGAUUUCAGAAGACGUCAACUUAGUUUUUUAAAUAAUUGAUAGAAACAAUGCUGUAAGUAGUGUUUAGAUAUCCAGGCUAGUCCACAAAAUUUCUGAUCAACUCAUGUAUAGGCCAAAGUGUGUAUCUUUGUGAUGAGAAGAAAAUAGAAAAAUAUUUACAUCCUUGUACUUGAAACAAAUGUAGUUUCUUUGUUUUGUUUUUAUGAAAGUGCUUAAAAAUAGUGGUUGGCAAACUUUUUCUAUGAAGAUCCAGAUGGUAAGUCUUCUAGGCUUUGAAGGCCAUAUGGUCUCUGUUACAGCUACUCACCUCGGUUAUUGUGGCAUACAAAUGACGAUAGAUAAUACAUAAGUGAAUAGUGGCUGUCUUCCAGUAAAACUUCAUUUAUAAAAAUGGAGGUGGGGGCUGGAUUGAGCUUGAAGGCAUAGUUGCUGACCCUUGGUUUAAACAAUACAAGUUCAAUAAAAAAUGAACAAUUUGUAUAAAUUCUGGAACAGAUCCUUAUAGAGAGUUUAGAGGUAGGUUUCAUUCAUAUUUUAAAACAGUUUAAACUCCAUACUUAUUAAACAUAAUAGCUUUUUGGGGGAGGAAAAUAUCUUCACUCAAAUCAGCCUUGUAAGGGGAGAAGCACUAUUCCCUAGAAUUAUUUGGUUGAUGUUAAGGGCUGUCUCUGGGAGGAUUAGAGAAGUUAGCUAGUAUUGGCUAUUCAUAAAUGUUUGGCUUUUAUAGUAUAAUGUUUUAUAAUCAAUUUAUUAAUAAAAUAAGAUGGAAAGUGGGUAAGGCAAACCGGCAAAUUUAGGGACUGAAUGAAAUAGUAUAUGGCAUUUUUAAUUGGUAAAGUAAUUCCAAAAAUUAAAUAAGAAUACACAUCAUUCAAUUGCUAAGAAAAAUGCAUUCUAACGGUACAAAUGAAGUCCAGAGUCAGAUCUUUUCUCAAAAUACUUGGCAUAGCAACACAAAUUACACAUAAACAAGUAAAUAAAAACCAGUCCUGUCCCUCAUGAUAAUGAGUUUCUAAUGUGAUGUACUCUUGGCUAUCUGAAACACCUUAUAAAGCUGUAUUUUCCUGAUCUUGGAAAAAGCAUUCCCAAAAUGUGAAUUAUUGUUUUUAUGAAUAGUUACGGAGUUUGUGAAUGAUAAUAUGCCAGAUGAUCUAUGUAAUUCUUUAUUUCUGGAUACAAGCACAUGGUCAACUUUUUAUGCUCAUGACUGAUUAAAAUUGGAUUUAUUUUUGCAUGAGAAUUGUAAGGGAGCCACAACCAUGAGUAGUAACAUAAUUAAUAUACAGUGUCAAGAUAUAUUUAAUGAGACAUUUAUUCUAUAACCAGUUUUUAUUUAUAAAGAGGCUCAAAUCAAUUUCAACCUGUAAUUACCUUUGUGCUUUGUGACUGGGGCACAAUCUGAACCCAGCUUGAUGAAUCAAAGAGAUGUUUCUUGACAAGAUAUUUUCAUUAAAGUUAUUUGGAAAGGGCAAUUAACUGCAAAAAGGACUUUUUUUUUGACUGACAAGAUACUAUCUAAAAUAAUAUUUUAAAAUAACAUUGCUUUUAGGUCAAAGCACUUUGGUAACUUGGCCUCACAUGCUGACAGUUUUGGCUUAAAUAUUACAAAUCUUGAUCCCAGAAGAACAAGAGAGAAAGUUUUACUAAUAUUUGCUUAAACAUCCUGUUUAACAUCCUUCCUAAUUUUUAAGCUAAUAAUGUGAGAUAUAAGUAUGAUAAAAACAACUUUUGAACGUUAUUUAAUGCAAAUACAGAAUAACGAUGUCAACAUUUUCCUCAGCCGUGUAACCUAAGAUUCAUCAUGUGAAUGAGAAAGUAAAGUCCCUUUAUAAUGGCAUGUGAACCAGACAGUUUAGUAGCCAGGGUUGUAAAGCAACUCUUAACUGACAAUAUAGUAUAUUCUGGGCCUUCAUCUUCAAAAUUAGUAGGUAGCAUUUAUUGAGUGCAUAUCAUGUGCCAAGCCUGAUGCUGAGUGCUUACAAUGACCAUUUUAUAUAUGGAAAAUUGAAGCUCAGCAGGGUCAAGUGCCUUAUAAGAGGUAGCACUAGUAAGUAACAGUGCUCAAAUUCAACUAGGUCUUUCAGCUCUUUAUACAAUACUGCCUGUUACCAGAAAGUAUAGUCUCAAAAUCUGCUAUCAAGCAUCUAUCAGAAGCCUGAUGAGAAAUAUUCAGAUGAUCUAACGCAGUUCCCAAACCUGCAUUGUGGGUCAUUUUCAUACCUAAGGUGCUUUAAAAAUGUUCUUGGGCCCUACUCGUUGUGGUUCAGCAGCUGUGUAAUGGAGGAAAAGGGAAUAGUCGCUAAACAGCGAAGGAAAGUGUGGUGGAAUUAUUAAAAGACCUAGCGCUUACAUGCUAGGAUGAGUCUCUAACCCCACAGAAUUGAAUUCAAACACAGGAUCUUAUUCAAGAUAAGGAUAAUGACAUCUAUCUUCUUGGGUUGUAAAAAGUAACAUUAGGCUGUAUUUUAAACAUUUGGUAUGAUUUUGAGGACCUAACAGUAAACAGCUAUUUAAUACUAUUCCAGGUAGUCAAAGGCCCAAUGUAUAAAAGUUACAAAUACAGGUCUUGUCAGCUUAGCUUUUUAAGUGUCUGUCCCACUGACUACCAUAUCUCUACAAGAGAACAGAUGAAGAAUUCAGGUUGUGUGGGAAGUAUGUAUACGUUUACACUAUUUUAACAAAUGUACAAUAAAAUUUGUUUCUA